AUGGUCCCAGAGCCGACGAAGGAGCAGCCAGCGAAGACCUCCUCGGUACCGCCACCAGUUGGAGUUGCUUCCAAAAGCCCAGUGAUGCAAGAAGUUGACGAUGAGAACUUCCAUUCCCAAAGACGAGGGCCUCGCUUCGCCUUCCUAUCGCAAUUUGAUAGGUCUGCGUCACCGAGACG